AUGGGUGUUCACGGUCUAUGGCAACUUCUCGAUUCGUUCGGGGUGGUUGUGCAGCCAGAUGAAUUGAAGGGCAAGCGCGUGGCGAUCGACGCCAGCAUCUGGAUUGCACAGUUUCGCGCCCGCGUCGCCCCGGGCGAGGACACGGAGCACAAGGUGCUCGAAGGCUUUCUGGCACGCAUACUGAAGCUCUUCUUCUACGACAUUCGUCCCGUCUUUGUGUUUGAUGGCCCGGCAUCGUCGUCGAAGGGUGCGGAACAUUACCGUCGCACGAUGCAGCGGGCAAGGAAUGCGCAGGCUCUCGUGAAGCGCAGGGCGCGCCAGAUACUAGUGGCUCAGGUCGCUGCUGGCACGCUGGAUGUAGAGGAUCUGAAGGCGGCCAUGUCGAGUGGUGCACGUGCGGAGAAAAAUGCUCUGAGGGCGGAGAAAGACUCCGAUGCGGCGGUACCUUCAAUGGCUGCCAGCACUGCGGAAGGAGCCGGUGUCUCCAAGACCGUACCCCACGGUGGUGGCACAGACCAUGCGCUGAGUGCGACGGGCAGCACACGCGGCAGCGCCAUUCAUGCUGGAAAGCGGCCCAGAGAGGUCUUGGAGGAGGUGCUGCCGCUGCCAAGACCGCACCGCCGCCGACUCUGCCUCAGAAAACGCCGUCUCGCUCCUGACACCGUUUCCGCGGCGAUUACGCAGAGUUUCCUGAGGGAUGUGGAGGGCCUCCUGGAGGAGCGCACGCGGCAUGAGGCCUGUGUCCUGCACAACGCUUUGCAGAACACCAGCACCUCACUCUUUAUGGGCCCGCGUCGUGCCGUCGACGAAAAUUCUGAGGACGUGGCCCGUGUGAUUACCUCAGGGCAUCUACCGCCGCUGCGCCCAAACUGCACUGCCGCCGUGGUAUUAGUGUCCGAAGAUUCGCAAGAAGGAAGAGACGAGAGGGGCUGUGUCGUCAUUAGUGACAGCGAGAGGGACGCCGAGGCGGUCUCGAGUGCCAGCUGCGCCGUCGCCUCAACGGACGGUGAAGAGGGUAGCGAUGUGGAAGAGGUUGUCCUGGUGGACAAGGCGGGCGGCUCAUAUCGCGCGGACGCUCCGGAAGGAGAGCGUUCGUUGCCGUCGUCUGCCUGUUUGCCGUCGGCGGCGACAGCGAUGCUGCAAAGCGGAGACAUGACGCGGUUUCUGAAUGCGCUGUCUCAGUCAACGUGUACCCCGCUGCCUGAGCGGAUGCCCCCCACUAUUGCUUCGGAGAGGAUACCAUCGGUACUGCCAUCAUCAUCAUCCUCUGCCGCCCUAUCUGUGAGCGCAGAGGAGUGCAUUGCCACUGAUUCCGGUAGUAGCAGUGCGAGCAGCAGCAAGAGUCCCGCCUUUCCCAGCGACGGCAGCUCUGAGGAGGCAGACACCUUUACCAAUGGCAGCGAUGGCGAUGACAAUGACGGGGCCGAGUUCGCGUGGGAGCCGUUCACGCAGCGACGGCAUCUCACCCCGCUUCCGCGUCAGCAGGAGCAGGAGAGCGAGUCCCACCCACACUCAUCGUGCUCGACAGCUGCUCAGAUGACCACUGCGCCCUUUGCUGAGCCACCGCGCACCGACGCAGCUACGGUGAGAAAAGAAGACGAAGAUGACGGCGACUACACUCCGGUGAAGGCUGUUCAAGUGUUUUCACGGUGUCGCACAGCGCCGGUGCCGCUGCCUAUGGUUGGUUCAAUCAGCAGCAGCGGUGAGGGUGAGAAGGGCGACGACACUAUUCCAGUGUCGGCGCCUCAUCAUCCAAACACUGUGAAGGGCGCCGUCUCAGAAGUGGCAGGCGCCCCUCACUGUAGAAGCGCCGAAGUGCACAGCUCUUCCACCGACCGCACAGGCUCGCUGGGUGGCGUACCCCCUCGUGGGGGAGGCGCCGCGCGGACCAACCGAGUCGUCAUCCCUUUUGAACUACUCAAUGUGGUGGAGCUGCUGGACUGCUGCGGGGUGCCGUAUGUGCUGAGCCCAGCAGAGGCAGACGCCCAGUGUGCCUUCUUGGCUCGGUGCGGUCUCGUGGAUGCCGUUUUCACGGAGGAUAGCGACGUGCUGGUACAUGGCGCGACGACCGUGCUGCGCGGCUUUUUCGCCCAGUCGAAGAAUGUCGUCGCUUACGAGCAGACACAUCUGUCGGCGUGCGGCAUCACAAAGACCGUGCUUGUGGCACUCGCCUCUCUUCUCGGGUGCGACUACACGGAAGGGGUCUGUGGCAUUGGUCUCGUGGGUGCACUGGAGGCCUUGGUCGUGGCCUGGACCACCGCGGAAAAUGCGGAGGCUGGUGCCGCGUCCUCCUCAGCGGUCUUACACCUGUUGCGGCGCUGGGCCCUGCUUGUUCAGCGGCCUCCGCGUUCGUGGCAAGAUGUAGAUGACCACAUGACCAUCCUGCAGUUCGCGCUCCUCCAGGCCGCCGUGGCGCAGUGGCGCACGCUGGAGCAACGUGCGUGCUUUCCAGAAGCGCAUGCUGUGGAGGCCUUCUUCGACGCCAAAGUCGAUUUGGACACGACCCCCUUCCAGUGGCGCCCACCAGACUGGCAGCGGAUUCGCGUGUUCGCCGGGGCGCUUGGAGCAUUGAGCUCGCCUUGGCUCGUGCAGAGAUACGAGCUCGCGCGCAAGGAGUGCCUGCGGCGCGAGGAGACGGCGGCGAAGGAUCGUGCGUCACGGACUGCUGGCCAGCGGCGGCUGACAGAGUAUGGCGUGCAGGAGCGAGUGCGCGCCAGGUGGGCAUUUCAGAGGCAACCUCCCAAGCACGCCGCGGCCCUCGCCAAGCUGCGCGCUGUGCAGCAAAUGCAGUGA